AGGUCCUGCACCUCUGGCCUGCACCUUUUACUUUCGAUCGUGCAGUCGUGAAUACUUACUUUCGAAACAGGGAAAAUCUGCAAGGCAAGCUUGAAUGAUGAGCAGUAGUCGGCGUUCUACCCCUCAUGACGAGGAGAGUAUCUACCGUAUCCCACCUUAUUAUUACAUUCAUGUCUUGGAUCAGAACACCAAUGUCACCAAGGUUGAAGUUGGUCCAAAAACCUUCAUUCGACAGGACAAUGAAAAGGUCAUUCUUGGUCCAGAGAAAAUGAUAACUAUUCCUCCUCGUCAUUACUGUAUUGUUGAAAAUCCAGUGCUCAGGGAUAAAGAUGGACGCGUUCUUAUUGAUGCUAAUGGACAGAUCAAACUGGGUCAUGCUGAUCAGGAUAUCCGUCUUGCACAAGACCCAUUUCCUUUAUAUCCUGGUGAAGUUUUAAAGCAAGGCGUUUCAGGUCUGAGGGUAGUCAUGGCUAACUCUGCAAUUCGACUUCGUGCUAUGCUGGACUUUGAGUCUGAAUCAGGAGAGAAGAGGGUAGCUGGUGAUGAAUGGCUGUUUGAAGGUCCAGGUACUUACAUACCAAAGAAAGAAGUUGAAGUUGUAGAAACAAUCCUUGCGACCAUCAUCCAACCAAACCAAGCCAUUAGACUGAGAGCAAGGAAAGAAACAAAAGAUCGUGAUGGUAACAUACGUGUCGCUGGGGAAGAGUGGCUGGUUAAAAAGAUUGGUGCUUACCUUCCAGGUGCUUACGAGGAAGUAGUUGAUGUGGUUGAUGCUUAUGUAUUGACUGAGAAGAAAGCUCUACACCUUCGAUCAACACGGACAUUCAAAGAUGAUAAAGGUGUUUUACGGAAGAAUGGAGAAGAGUGGUUAAUCACCAUGGCAGACACAGAGGCUCACAUUCCAAAUGUUUAUGAAGAGGUUGUUGGAGUAGUUGAUAUCACAACGUUGAACAACCGUCAGUACUGUGUCAUUUUGGAUCCAGUCGAUAAAGAUGGUAAACCCCAACUUGGUCAAAAGAAGCUUGUCAAGGGAGAGAAGUCGUUUUUCUUGUUGCCUGGUGAAAAGCUUGAGCAAGGCAUCCAAGAUGUGUUUAUUCUUGGCGAGGAUGAGGGAGUAAUUUUAAAAGCAAAUGAAGCUUUUAAUGAUGUUGAUGAAAAAGAGAAAGAGCUGCCAAGACGACCUGGUGACCGCUGGAUGAUCCGUGGACCUAGUGAAUAUGUUCCUCCUGUUGAAGUUGAAGUUGUUGCACGAAGGAAAGCCAUUCCCCUAGAUGAGAAUGAAGGAAUCUAUAUCCGGGAUAUUAAGACUGGAAGGGUGAGGGCUGUAUGUGGUCAGACAUAUAUGUUAACACAAGAUGAAGAGCUCUGGGAAAAGGAAUUACCUCCAACUGUUGAACAACUUCUGGCGGGAGGAAAGGAUCCCCUGGCUGACCGUGGCACCCGGAAUGUUGUUUUACCAGAGAUUUCUAGUUUUCCAUCCAUGCAGCAAAUGUCCAACCAAUGGGAUGAAUUUUCUAACUCAGUUCAAAGUCAAAAUUCAUCAAGACGUCCUGGUCCUUUAAGAGAACAAAGAGAAUCCAGAAGUAACUUUGGAAGAAACAAAACCAGAGUUGUGACAUUCAGAGUGCCUCAUAAUGCAGCGGUACAGAUAUAUGAUUACAAAGAGAAGACUGCAAGAGUUGUGUUUGGUCCUGAGUUGGUUAUGCUGUGUCCUGAUGAACAGUUUACACAGCUCAGUCUGUCAGGAGGAAAACCAAAGAAACCCAAUGUAAUAAAGGCACUGUGUUUGCUUCUUGGCCCAGACUUCUGUACUGACAUCGUCACAGUAGAGACUUCUGAUCAUGCUAGACUGCAGCUGCAGUUAUCUUACAACUGGCACUUUGAAGUUGGUGACAAGGGUCCAAAGGAUGCUGCAAAAUUGUUUUCUGUUCCAGAUUUUGUCGGAGACGCUUGUAAAGCGAUUGCUUCAAGGAUACGUGGUGCAGUAGCUGGGGUCCAGUUUGAUGACUUUCACAAGAAUUCAGCAAAGAUCAUCCGUACUUCAGUGUUUGGCAUUGACGACAAUCACAAAAUUCGAAGCAAGUUUACUUUCCCCGCAAACAAUCUGAACAUAACAAGCAUUGAUAUCCAAUCUGUGGAGCCAGUAGAUCAACGAACCAGAGAUGCACUACAGAAGUCAGUCCAGUUAGCCAUUGAGAUUACAACUAAUUCUCAAGAAGCUACAGCGAGACAUGAAGCAGAAAGGUUGGAACAAGAAGCCAAGGGUCGACUAGAAAGGCAGAAGAUAACAGAUGAAGCUGAAGCAGAACGUGCUAGAAAGGAGUUGUUAGAGCUUCAGGCUCAAAGUGCUGCAGUGGAAUCAACAGGACAAGCUAAGGCUGAAGCCCAGUCCAGAGCAGAGGCGGCUCGAAUUGAAGGCGAGGCUGCAGUUCAACAGGCAAAGCUAAAGGCUGAAGCUGCUAAGAUUGAGGCUGAAUCUGAACUGCAACGCCUGAGUAAAACAAGGGAGGCAGAGUUGAAGUACCAACAUGAACAGAACACAUUGGAUGUAACAAAGGCCAAAGAGAUGACAGGCAUUGAGACAGACAAGUUUAAGAACAUGGUGUCAUCUAUCGGUUCAGAUACUAUUCAAGCAAUAGCCACGGCUGGACCAGAGAUGCAGGUGAAACUGUUGCAGUCUUUGGGUCUGAAGUCCACCCUGAUAACAGAUGGUAGCUCACCUAUCAACCUAUUUAGCACAGCUCAAGGUCUCAUUGGUGCUCUUCAGCAACCAGGCUCUUCUGCAGACUACUGACUGUGUCUGGCUAAUAAAGCAAUUCAACGCAGCACCUAACUUGCGAGGCUUAGUGAAGCCUGUAAUCACUGUAAUGGUUAAUAGAGCGAUUUUCACUUGAGUGUCGAAAGCUAACAAAAAACCCUCCCUCUUCAUCGUCCAAUACAUGUAAGAAGUAUAACCAAAACCAAUGGUGACGCGCUCCAACACGUUAUCUCACGCUUCACUUCAGUUACAUAUAUUUACUUUGUGUUUUGAUUGGUUCAUUGGAUUGUCUACAUCGUUUGUGAUUGGCUAGAAUGACUUUAACUUCCUUUUUCGACACUCAAUUGAAAACCCGCUACACUCAGCGGAAUAACUUUAGAAUUAUUUCCGUAUAGACUAAGUUAAGAAGAAAAGGCUCCCAGACACUUUAAAUCUGUGAAAAACUCAGAACAUAAUUUUUUGAAAAUUGGUAAACAUUCAAAUAGACAAAAAUGUACCAAAGGGAAAAAAUGUCAUUAAGUAGUUUGUCAUUGUCUUGGCAACUAAUUUUGAUCACAUAAACAUCUGAUUAUAUCUAUUAGUAAAUGCCUAACAGGUUUUGUUCUACUCGUGUAUUGUCAAACAUCAUUAGGCUAAAGUAACUUCCAAGGAACCCUAAUUUUAACUUAACUUUGAGAAUGUAUUAAUGUCUGAUGGAAGAUAACAAUAACAAACACA